UUGUGUUUGAGAGUCUCUGAUCUCAUCAUUCACAAGAGUCUUUAAGGGAAAAUUAAAGAGAGAAAUAAUAUGGCACCAUUAUUUGAAGGAAAGAAAUGUUCUAUUUUCACAAAUUUGUUCUUUCUUCUAUUCUCUAUAUCCAUGCUAGUAGUAGCUUAUGGGAAUAAUAAUAAUAAUGUGAAGAAACCAACAUUAUUCAUAUUUGGAGAUUCAACUUUUGAUGUUGGAACCAACAAUUUUCUAAAAAGUAUAGCAAAGGCUAACAUCCUCUACAAUGGGAUUGAUUUCCUUCAUUCAAUUCCCACUGGAAGGUUCAGCAAUGGCUAUAACACUGCUGACCAAAUUGCGAGGCAAUUUGGUUAUAUGGAAAGUCCACCACCAUUUUUGGUUUUGGCUAAGCAUCCAUACAGUUUCAAGAGGAACAUACUUGGUGGUGCAAAUUUUGCCUCAGCAGGUUCUGGAAUUCUUAGAGAAACAGGCAAGAAGCAAUGGUUCCUUGAGGAACAGGUUCAACAAUUUAAAUUUGUGCGUGAGAAAAUCAAUGAGAAAUUGGGAGAAGAAAAAGCUUGUAGAUUUGUUUCAAAUGCUUUGUUUCUAAUUAGCAUUGGAAGCAAUGAUCUCUUUGAUUUUGCACGUAAUGAAACUUCCAUUCGCAACCCACAACAAUAUUUGGCUUCUCUUCAAGCCACCUACUUCAUCCAUAUAAAGAAUAUAUAUUUAUUAGGAGCUAGAAAAUUUGGGAUACUAAGUAUUCCACCCAUUGGAUGUUGUCCGGCUGUUACUUCUCAGAAUAAAGGAAACUGUUUGAAACCGCUCAAUGAUUUAGCAACUGCUUUCUAUUCCGCCACUAAUACUCUUCUUCAACAAUUGAGUUCUGAAUUGUUAGGGUUUAAGUAUUCACUUGGCAACACUUUUCUAAUGACCAAAACCUUGCUAGACACACCAUCCACUUUCGGGUUGAAGGAGACAAAAUCAGCAUGUUGUGGAAUUGGAUACUUGAAUGGGCAAGGUCCAUGCAACAAAACAGCUGGUGCCAAUCUAUGUUUUGAUAGAAAGGAUCACUUGUUUUGGGAUUGGUUUCAUCCAAGUGAGAGAGCUUCUCAAUUGGCUGCACAAACACUUGUUCAUGGAAAGUCAAAAGACUUUGUGACUCCAAUUAAUUUGAGCCAAUUAGCUAGGGCUUAAUUAUUCAUGUCACAACACAGUAUAAAAAAUACGCUAAAAACUAUCGAAAUUACUGUUAAAUUUUACGUUGUCAAAUUUUGCGACAGUUAACAAUGUCGUUCUAUCGGACUAUAAGCGUUACUGUCAAAUUAAUCCGUCGCAAGGCAUCUAAUAAUAAUGGAUGCUGCUCAUGUGUUCUUUUAUUUUCCAAUGCAUACAUGUUGGGAAUAAUUCAAUGAUAGAUUGUCA